AUGGCUCGUGCCAUGGCUAAUUCUCGACAACCUGCCGAGGCCAGCCAAACUCUCGCUCCCUUCGAGGCGGCCAGCCAAUCGAAAUACUCAUCGCCGCCGCAUCGAGACUCCACAAGAAUAGCCAACCGGCAGACGGAUCUGCUGUCCAAAGCAAUAGCUGAUCCCGAUGCGAUCAACGGAUCGGGACAGGCGCCUGAUCUCAGGGAUUCAAAGGGACUGAACACAACACCAAUCGUGUGGAUGUGUAUCAUCGUCUUGGCCGUAAUCCUGCUCGUCAUAUUCUGUUAUCUCGGAUACAAACGGCAGAACAGACGGGAUGAGCUUGCUGGAGCCCCAAGGAACGACGAGGAACAGAGGCUUCCUCAGGUCGGCAUCGUGGGAUAG